UAAUCCAAAGCCAUUCGACUCAUUCCGACCUCCCUGACCACUUCGCAAGUAAAGGUUUGGGUGAUACCCUCCUCAUCCAACUCUACGCGACCAAUAUGGCGGCCACUCAAGAUGCGAUAUAUCCUAAGGGAGAUCGCCAAUCCGACAAAUCGCUCUCCGCGUAUAACGAUGCUGAGAAGCAGAGCCAACCGGCUGGUGAUGAGCUGAAGAGGAAGCUCAACAGUCGGCAUUUGCAGUUUGUUGCCAUCGGUGGAACCGUUGGUACGGGUGUAUUCAUCGCAUCUGGCGGGUCCAUUGCGAAAGCUGGUCCAGUCGGUGCCCUCCUCGCAUACGUUUUCGUCGGAACUCUUGUCUACUCGGUCAUGUUGUCUCUCGCUGAGAUGUCCACCUACCUCCCCGUUUCCGGAGCCUUCACUCAAUACGCCGCGCGAUUCGUCGAUCCUAGUUUGAGCUUUUCAAUGGGCUGGGUAUACUGGUUCUCUUGGAGUCUCACCUACGCUCUCGAACUCACAGCAGCCGCGCUGGUCAUUCAAUGGUGGAAUCCCGGUCUCAAUAUUGGCAUCUUCAUUACAAUAUUCUUUGUGCCACUCACGGCCGUGAAUUUCCUGCCGGUUGACGUAUUUGGUGAAUUCGAGUUCUGGUUUGCGUCAUUGAAGGUCAUCUGUUUGAUCGGAUUCUGGAUAUUUUCCAUCUGCAUCAAUGCAGGCGCUGGCGACCAAGGAUAUCUCGGAUUCAAGUACUACAACGAGCCGGGUCCAUUUGCUCCCUACCUUACCGAUGGACCCAAGGCCAAGUUCGUUGGAUUCUGGGCUGUCUUGAUCGAGGCCAGCUUCGCUUUCCAGGGAACUGAAUUGGUUGCCAUUGGAGCCGGAGAAAGCGCGAACCCGAGAAUCACGAUGCCAAGGGCUAUCCGCAACACGUUCUGGAGCAUUUUCUGCCUAUUCGUUUUCACCAUCUUUUUCAUUGGGAUCCUCGUUCCCUACGACAACAAGGACCUCAUGUUGGGCACCACGGACGCUAGUUCCUCACCAUUGGUGAUCGCGGCACAGCUGGCUGGCGUCAAAGUGCUCCCACACAUCAUCAAUGCAGUGCUCUUGACAGUUGUUCUGUCCGCCGCUAGUUCAAAUGUAUACUCCUCGAGCCGAGUGCUAGUUGGACUUGCAGAGGAGCAUUGCGCACCGCAAUUCUUCAAGAAAACCACUAAGCGCGGCGUUCCGGUCUAUGCCACGGCAGUCUCGGCCGCUAUGGGAUUGCUCGCAUACAUGAACUUGUCCAACAACGGAGGCGAAGUGUUUGAAUGGUUCUUGGCCAUUGUCAGUGUUGCUGGUCUCAUCGCGUGGGCAUGCGUCUGCAUCUGUCACUUGCGUUUCAUGGAUGCUUUGAAGGCACAGAACAUUGCUCGCGAUACCCUGCCAUACGUUUCCUGGGGUGGGCGCUGGCUUGCUUACUACGGUCUCGUCUUCUGCGUCAUCAUUACCAUUACACAGGGAUUUACAGCAUUUGUUCCCUGGAGUACCGAGGACUUCUUCAUCAGAUACAUCAGUUUGAUCCUCUUCGUCGUUCUUUACGUUGGGCACAAGGUCGUCAAGCGCACAAAGUUUGUGGAUGUCUCUCAGUCUGAUCUCAAGACCGGGGUAUUCGAGGAACAAAUCGCACAAACCUGGGAGGAGAGCCCGCGCAGUUGGUGGAAGAAGACGCUCAACACCAUUCACGUCUCGUAA